AUGGAUAUGGAGGAUGGGCUCUCUGCUUCUGCUGUGCCAGAGUCGGCUCAUAAUACUACCGUAUCCAGCACGUCGGUCCGGCCAAAAGCCUGCAAUCAAGUGACUAGAAGGUGCAAGGGAGGCAGUUUGGAGUCGCCUCCAACAAAUAAACUCCACAUGUCCACACCGGGAGAACGAAAGUUCUCCCAGAAACUCAUGGGACUAGAGGCUUGCAACCUGCCCAUGGGAAAGCCUGGUACGGUAGCGCCAGGUAGGACGGGGUUGCAGGAGUCAUGUAGGCUACCAAAACGGAAAAGGACUAGGGUGGCGAUCUGUACUUAUAACGCACGUACGCUUGCAUCGGAAGCGGCCAUCGAAGAUCUGAUGAUGCAAGCCAAGAAGAUCAAGUACUACGUCAUCGGACUGACCGAGACAAGACGACGUCACCCUCUCAACGCCGUAUAUGAAACUGGAGAAGAACUGUUCUUAGGAACAUGCGACAGUAGAGGUGUUGGUGGAGUUGGCGUCCUCGUCAACACGAGUAUGGCAAAGAACAUCGACUCUUUUGAACAACUUACGACCCGAAUCGGACGUCUGCGGAUGAGAAGAUGUGGCCCAAUGCCAGCUUUGACUAUCUUCGUCGCUUACGCUCCAACAUCAAGCUACGAAGAAGAAGAAGUCGAAGCUUUCUAUAUGGACCUGGAGAAGUUCUACCAAGAAGAUCAUGCCUUCUACAAGGUCAUAAUUGGCGAUUUCAACGCUAAGGUUGGCCCAAGAAGAACGCCGGAGGAACUUCACAUCGGGACCCACGGCCUACAAUGGAAUGACCAGGGAGAGAGGCUCUCCGAGUUCAUCAUGACGACUAAGACCAUCCAUGGGAACUCGCAAUUCCAGAAGCCCUCCUCUUUACGCUGGACGUGGGAGUCACUCGGUGGAGGGUACCGUAAUGAAAUAGACCACAUCAUCGUCAAUAAAAGGUUCUGCCUGACGGACGUCGGUGUUGUACCAAAGUUCUAUACGGGAUCGGACCAUCGCCUCCUCCGAGGAAGAUUUUCCUUCACAAAGAGAGCAGAGAAAGCCGCCAAGUUCAGAGAGAGAAAUCCCAGCACUACCAUCAACUGGGAUCUCUUCGCUACGCUAGCCGGCUUUUGGGAAGAUUCCGCAAUGGACAACAUCGACGAGGAAUAUGACGGGCUUGUUGAACACCUUCACGACUGCGCGAAGAAGGCUGAGAGUUUUAAAACCACCAAGAGGCGCCUGUCUCUUCAAACUCUUGAGCUGGUACGCCAGCGUGGAGCAGCACGAGCCGCAGGGAACCAAGAACUCACAUCCGAAAGAAGAGCAGAAGUGCUGGCUGAAGCUGCAAAGGCGGGGAAAAUUAUCGGCUAUGCCCGAGACUUCGCCAGUCGCAAGACAAGGAUGAUUGCUCUCCGGAACCCGAAGGGAACAACCAUUGCAUCGAGAAGGGGGAUGGAAAAAAUCAUCUACGACUUCUACUCUGAUCUCUUCGACAGCCAUGUCCACUUGCCUCCUCACCAUCUGAGGGAAGAUGGACAAGUCAUUCCAGAGGUACUCCCGUCCGAAAUACGACAUGCUAUCAUGUCGGUAAGAAAUCGUACGGCACCCGGUCCCGACAGAAUAAGACCAGAACACCUGAAGAGCCUUCCGCCAGUACUCAUCGACACCCUGGCGAGGUUCUUUACACGUUACCUGUCGGAAUGGAAGGUUCUUAAACAUUGGAACACCAUCAAGACCGUGUUGUUGUAUGAAAGAGGAGAUCCACAUGACAUCGGCAACUAUCGCCCAAUCUGCCUACUGUCUGUCAUCUACAAGCUCUUUACAAGAGUAAUCCUUAAUAGGAUUGAAAAAGUCUUGGAUGAAGGACAGCCAUGCGAGCAAGCAGGGUUUCGAAAAGGAUUCAGCACGAUUGACCACAUUCACACUGUUUCGAAACUCAUCGAGAAGGCCUUCGACUCAGUUGAGACGGAAGCGGUCAUGGAAGCGUUGCACAACCAAUGCGUCCCUACUCAGUGCAUAAAGGUACUUCGAGAAUUGUACAGUAACUUUACGACCAGAAUUUCGCCAUUCUACAAGAACAUCAUCAUUGACGUGAAGAGGGGGGUCCGACAAGGUGAUACAAUUUCACCCAAAAUAUUCACAGCCACCCUCGAGAACGGAAUGCGAAAGUUGGAAUGGGACGACAUGGGAGUGAAGGUUGAUGGUCGGCAGCUACACCAUUUGCGCUUUGCUGAUGACAUCGUACUGGUAACACCUAGCAUCAGCCAAGCAGAACGAAUGCUGACCGAAUUCGACGAAACAUGUGGAUGCAUCGGUCUUCAGCUGAAUCUACAAAAGACGAUGUUCAUGCGUAACUGA